GAGGGGCGCUGUGCCCCCCCUCGAAGCGCCCACGCCGGCGGCCCCGGAGCCCGCCGACGGCCGGGCGCCGCGCUGGGGCGCCCGGCCCGCCCGCGCAUGGCCUCGAGGUUCCGGAAUGUCAGCAUCCUAUUGGUCGACGUGGGCCGCUCCAUGCAGGAGCCGCUGCCCGGCACGGACGACAGCAAGGCUGCGGGCAAGGUGACCAAGGCGGGCGUGGCCGUCCGGCUCGCCAGGGACCUCGUGCAGCAGAAGCUGCUGUUCAUGCCAAAGCACGAGGUGGGCGUAGUUUUUUUCGGCGCCGCGGCCACCUGCAACGACCUGCAGGCCGACGGCUAUGCCAACGUGGUCGCGGCGCGGGAGGGAAAGGUGUGCGCGCCCGACCUGGCCGCCCUGCAGAUGCUGGACGCACAGCCGCCUGGUGGAGAGUCUUCUGAUGCUGUGGACGGCCUGAUCGUUUCGAUGGACAUGAUCAUGAAGCUCACCGGAGAGCUAAAGUGUAUUAAGAUUGUGGAUGGCGGGGCCCCCGGGCCAUCUUCACGGACAGCCGGUCCAUACAGCCCGGGGAUGUGGACCUGCUCUCGUGCUUGA